AGUCAGGUCAGAGGAGCGUCAAAUCAUUUAGCAGCGGUUACUAAGUCAAUUGGGUCACACCCUAGUUGUUGUGGAGACGGUUGUGCCUCAACCUGUCUGCCCUAAAACAACAUCCAAAGUACUGUCAUCAGGUGUGGGUUGUCAUCGACGCUGAAUCAGGGAGAUAAGUCAUUCAACACACGAAAACAAGUUGCAACAAUAUUUCCCACACACUUUCUGGGUUUAUAUGCAGUCAUUCAGUUACAGGGGUCUGUUGUAUUUCAAUAUUAGUUGGCAUGAAAGGUUCUUCAAGAGCAUCUUGACAGCGAUCUUGGCAGCUCGCUCCCUGGCACCAGCUCUUCCACCCGGUAUUCCUUUCUGGCUCUUUGUUGCAUGGAAAAACACGCAGGUUUACACAGAUGUCAGUAAUGCAGGGAAACCCCUCAGGCUCAGAUUCUCCAGCAACAUGAGCCAGAUGCAGUCUGGCUCACCUCCAGACGAGACAUGAUGACAUUUAUGGACUGAGCCAGUCGGGGUGAAGCAACCAGCGCCGAUAAAGAGGAAAGAGUAGAGACUCCUCACACGCUUUGCUUCAGCCCUGUGGCAGCCAGGGUGGGAUGAGUCGCUAGCAUGGAAACUAAAAGCUAUCAGGCCACAUCCAGGUGAAACAGGACAAUGACUUUCAAUCUCAAUUCCCUGCCAAUACACAGAUCACACCAACUUUUAAAGUCCGUCUGGGAGAUAUGCUCUUGGUGCUGGCUCGGCUCAGUCACAGGAGGAGUGCUGUUGGCCUCCAGAAGAUGGCUGCGCCGGUUCUUACUGCUAAAGCUGGUGAUGGUGCUGCUGCUCCCCCAUGGAGCAGGCAUCCCCCUGCUGUUGGGCUGUAUGUUGAGCCUGCGAGCGCUGCUGCUGCUCCGCUCCCCUCACAUCUCCACCAAGCCCUCCACUGUAUUCCUGGGCCAGCUGGCUCUCUCCGACAGUCUGGUUCUGCUGCAGUGGGUGCUGCGGCUGGGAGCGACGCUGUCCUGGUGGAUGGAGGAGGUGGGCUGUGAGGUUGAGAUGGGCCUCGUGAAGAAGGGGGAAUCGGUUUGGUGGAGGGAGACUGUGAGCGUGCUCUGUCAGCAGCUGCUUGAUGCUCACCACCUGGCCUCUCUGCUCCUGCUGGGGCUGCUGGGGCUGGAGGCUACGCUGGUGUCACGUUGGCCCCAGCAGACUCGAAACUUCCGGACCUCUCACUGGGCUCAGCUCACCUGCAGCCUGGUCUGGAUACUUGUGCUGCUAGACCUCCUGCUAUCACUACACUCAAAGAUUUUACAUAACGCCAGACCUCAGAUUUACUCCUCAAAACUCAACGACUCUCAAACUUCAUAUGGGGGUUUGGGGCCCCCUCCCCCCCUUCCUGUUUUCUCCCCCUGCCUGAGGAGGAUAUUAUGGCUGGUGAAUUUAUGGCUGCAAUAUGCUGUGUUACAAUGUAAAGCACGGAGGAGAAAGAGCUCUUUAGAUUAAAAGUUGUGGCUGAAAAAACAAAUACACCCGUCAAUUCUUUGCCCUUUUUAAUAUAUUUUAUUUAUAUAAUAAAACUACAUUGAAUGUG